AAAUUAAAUAUGCAUACAGUUUAUUUACUGUUUAACGGGCGAUCUGGCUGGUGUGGAAAAUUAAUUUUAAAGAAAAAAUGAGAAUUUCUGCGCCGUUUUUUGUUCAACUACUUUUAAAAAUCAUUCAUGAAGCGCGUGGUGACGUCCAGCUUUAUUUAAGUUAUACCAAUGGCAAGCAAAGUUACUCCGAUACGGCUGGUCUUUCCACAAGUGGUUUCGCAGAUCGCAGAGCUUGUGCAGUUCUUUGUUAUAAAGAAAAAAUUCUUAAACAAUGGAUGAUAACCUCCGUUAGUUUUCAAACGGGAGGUUAUUGCUACUGCAGCAAGGAUAAAAUAACAAGUUUUGUUGCUGAUACAUCUUACCAAGGUUCACACUACAACUUCAUUCCUGUUCAAUUUGAAUAUAAAGAUUUCACAGUUGGUGGAUUUUAUAACGCAAAAGUGAACUUCAUUCUACACAAACGAGGCAAUGAUAAGACAAUAUUCUACGCUUUUGAAGAUCUCAAUCAGCCAUUAAGUGCCUCAGGAGCAAUCAACAUAUUUCAUCUAUAUGAGUUUACAGACAACAUCAAACCUUCGACUACACGACAAUUGAUUCUUCACCCCGUCACGAAAUUGAAUUAUAAGCUUACAGAGUGGCUUGGAGAAGAUGAAGAAAUAUUAAGUCCACAAUUAUCUAUACACUUCGGUCUAAGUGAUUAUGUUGACAACCAGAGUAGCAAUUCGUUGUGGUUCACUAUGAUACAGGAGAACGACGCUAUGGUCAUUGUGGAUAUCUCCAAGAGAAUGAACAUAACGCGUCCAUCAUUAUCUUGUACGUUGCAUUGGAAGGAUCACACCAUAUUUUUUCCAGACCUACAGCAUUUCGAAGUUUAUUUUGAAAUACGGACAAUACAUGCAGCUUGUAACAAGAACAUUGAAAAUUUAACUGUAGUGCUGUAUCAUGAAUCCUAUCUUGAGGCGUAUUAUGUUUCUGGAAGACCAAAUCACGUAUGUCUGGAAGAAACUGAUAUAACAAUAGAAAGAAAUAAGAUUGUAAUUAAGUCAUUCCUGUUCAAUUUGAAUAUAAAGAUUUCACAGUUGGUGGAUUUUAUAACGCAAAAGUGAACUUCAUUCUACACAAACGAGGCAAUGAUAAGACAAUAUUCUACGCUUUUGAAGAUCUCAAUCAGCCAUUAAGUGCCUCAGGAGCAAUCAACAUAUUUCAUCUAUAUGAGUUUACAGACAACAUCAAACCUUCGACUACACGACAAUUGAUUCUUCACCCCGUCACGAAA